AUCCUACACGUGUGCCACAAAGUGCCAUGGAUAAACCCAUUUAUUAAAACCCGCCAAAAUUAACCACAACCCAACCCAACAAAUUCCCGCCAUGAUAACUCUCACUCCUAAAACCCUAUCCCCUUUCUCAUUUCUCUGCAACCCCAUACCAAAACACCAAAACCAAAACUCAAAAUAUACCAUUGUAACCCAAUAUUCAGACUCCAACUCAAAGCCAACCUUCAAUUCCAAUUGCGAGUCUGAGUUCCAGACCGAGAGGGGUCUUAAAUUCGAUAUCGGCGAGACCUUCUUCCGCCAUGAAAGCGCCACCGGCCGCGACCUCGGCGUGCUCGCCGCAGCGCUGUACAAGAGAUCCAAAGGCAAAUUGCGAGUUCUCGAUGCACUGUGCGGCUGCGGAAUUCGAUCUCUUCGGUACCUCAUCGAGGCAGAGGCCGAUUUUGUUUUAGCAAAUGAUGCAAAUGAUGAUAACAGGAAAGUUAUCACAGAGAACUUGUCGCAGGUAGAGAGUGGCGACGAUCCGAGGUGGGCAGUGACGCUUUCGGAUGCAAAUCGGAUCAUGACGGAGUGUUAUCUCAAAAGAGAUUUCUUUGAUUUGAUUGACAUUGAUUCAUUUGGGAGCGAUUCGUCGUUUCUGAGGUCGGCGAUUAAUGCUUUGAAAUUGGAUGGGUUGUUGUAUGUUACUUCCACUGAUGGAUUCUCAUCGGGUGGUCGCAGGCCUCAACAAACUUUAGCUGCAUAUGGAGCUUAUGUUCGACCUAUGCCAUAUUCAAAUGAGCUUGGUUUGCGAAUGCUUAUAGGAGGGGCUGUGAGGGUAGCUUCUGUGCUGGGGUAUCGAGUUACUCCUCUAUUUUCAUACUAUUCAUAUCAUGGACCCAUUUUCAGAGUUAUGCUCCGUGUCAAUCGAGGAAAGCUUCCUGAUAACAGAAAUUAUGGUUUCAUCAGCUACUGCCACAACUGUGGAAGUUCUCAAGAAUAUUCAUGGGCUGAACUUGGUCGGAUGAGUUGCCCCUGCAGCGAUUCAAAGGUACAAGGAUGCGUUUCUUCGUUAAAACUCGCUCUCAUUCAUGUAGUGGUUUCCAAGUCAUUAAUUGUUUCUGGCCCCCUCUGGACAGGGCCUUUGCAUGAUACCAUUUACAUUACAGAAAUGCUGCAUUUGGCUGAGGAAUGGGGAUGGGCAGGCAGUGGCUCAGGAACUGAUCUCGACAAGCUUUUGAACCAAAUGGUGGCCGAGAGUGACCCCAGAUUACCGUUUGGGUACACCAAGUUGGACGAGGUGGCCAGCCGUGCGAAAGUAAAUUCUCCACCGCUCAGAGCCGUUAUGUCCACCCUUGAAAAGGAGGGAUAUGCUGCGAGUAGAUCACACAUAGAGUCCAACGCAAUCAAGACAAACUGUUCAAUGGCAGGUUGCAUUAGAAUUGCUAAGCAACUUCAGCAGUGCUCCAGUGCUGAAUGAUUUCCAAUACCAGGAGAGCAGAAGACGGGGCCAGGAAAGUUGCAUCCAAUUUUGUAGUGUGCGAGCGAGCAACUAAGCGUGGAGGUGAUGUUCGAGAAGAAGUGUCGUUGCUGCUCUGAUCAGGCUAGAAUCUGGAUUUUUAUAGUUUUUAUAUUAAGAAAAGAGAGGAGGGAUUUUUUUAGUUUUUAUAUUAAGAAAAGAGGGGUGGUUCGGGGGGUUUGAACACAUGAAGAUGAAAGACUAAAUGCUCUUGACCAUUUCAACUACAAAUUCUUUCCCCUAAAACGUGGGCUUUAUGGCGAUAACUUAUGUAACAGUUGGAGUUCGAGA